CGGAAGACGGAAAAAGCAACGGCACGUAAAGCGGUCCACCCGCCGGAAGAAAAGCAAUCUCCCCUCAGGCAUCUCCUCUCCUCUCUCUCACACAGAUUGCCAUUUCCUUACUCAAAGCAGGUUCCGUUCCAAAAAGCGCUCUCUCUCCGCACAAAGCCACAAACAACCUUCCGUUUUCAUCUGCCAUGGGGUUAGGGUUUCGAUCAAUUUGACAAAUGGCGCUGCCACACCUCAAUCUGCCGUCGAUUCCUUCCCCGGCUUCUUGCUGCUGCUGUCGCUGUCAACAUUUCCGAAUUCUCCGUGGCAAUGCACCCCCGACACAUUCCCUUCUCGUGGGCUUUGCUCGCCGCCCUGUGAUUUCCUCCCCUGCCGGACUUGGGGGUUUCCUCUCUGGUUCCUUGUCGAGGGGUUUGAGAAAGAGAGCUGUUACGGUCUCGCCGUGGAUACUGAACGCUGCUACUCCAACUCGCGUCCUAGAUAAUGCCACCGCUCCGGCCACUGCCACUGUGGAAAUCAACGUCACCUGCUAUCAGCUACUUGGUCUUCGCAAUCAAGCAGAGAAAGACGAGGUAGUGAAGUCAGUGAUCCAAUUGAAAAGUGCUGAGGUAGAAGAUGGAUAUACAAUGGACGCCAUAAUGUCUCGCAAGGAUCUUUUGAUGGAUGUGAGGGACAAGGUUCUUUUUGAACCUGAAUAUGCUGGAAACGUGAGGGAUAAGAUUCCACCCAAGUCUUCUUUAUACAUUCCAUGGGCCUGGUUGCCUGGUGCUCUUUCCCUUCUUCAAGAGGUUGGUGAAGAGAAGCUAGUGCUUGAUAUUGGAAGAAAGGCUAUCCAGAAGCCAGAUGCUAAGCCGUAUAUCCAUGACAUACUUUUAUCAAUGGCACUGGCAGAAUGUGCAAUUGCAAAAAUUAAUUUUGAGAACAAUAAGGUAUCCUUUGGAUUUGAAGCUCUAGCCCGUGCUCAGUGUCUGCUUAGGAGUAAGAUCUCCCUUGGGAAGAUGGCUUUGCUGGCCCAGAUAGAAGAAUCUCUGGAGGAGCUGGCACCUGCUUGCACACUGGAGAUAUUAAGCAUGCCUCGUUCUCCUGAAAAUGCUGAAAGGAGACGAGGAGCAAUAGCAGCUUUGCGUGAAUUACUCAGACAAGGCCUUGAUGCGGAAAUGUCAUGUAGAGUCCAAGACUGGCCUUGCUUUCUGAUUCAAGCGUUUAAUCGGCUCAUGGCCACGGAAAUAGUUGAUCUUCUUCCUUGGGAUGAUUUAGCCCUUACUAGGAGAAACAAGAAAUCACUUGAAUCACAUACUCAGAGGGCUGUGAUUGACUUCGAUUGUUUCUAUGUGGCACUGAUAGCUCAUAUUGCUCUGGGUUUCUCUUUCAAACAGACAAAAUUGAUCAACAGAGCGAAAGAUAUAUGUGGCACUCUGAUAGCAUCGGAAGGUAUUGAUCUAAAAUUGGAGGAAGCAUUUUGCUUGUUUCUUUUGGGGGAGGGAAAUGAGGCCCAGGUUAUUGAUAAGCUUCAACAGCUAGAAUUGAAUGUGAACCCUGCUCCACGGAUUUUAAUCUCUGGGAAGGAGAAGAACGUUGCAACUUCUGUCAAGUCUCCAGUGACAUCCUGCUGAACUUGACCAGGAAACAUGGCUGAAGGACUCUGUGCUUGCUGCGUUUUCAGAUACCAGAGAUUGUUCACCAUCACUGGUAGGUUUUUUCUCUGGUGAAAGCAAGUUACCUUCUCUUUCAACCAAAAGGGGUACAGGUCAAAGGCCUUUCUCAGAUUUUUCAUCAGAACGAAUGAAUCAUGGUGGGGAAUCUCUCUCAUUCAAGACCUCUUCUCAACACCUUGGAUCAGCUGUGAAGCAGUUGACUCUUGUGGAUUUGCAGCCCUCAUUGAUGUCCGACAAGAGUGAUGAUCAAGCCAGUGAGGACCCACCACCGGUUCAACUGAAAAGAAAUUUGGACAUGCGAGAUAAUGGAAAUUGGGAAAGUUGGCCAUCAUAUGGGAAUGUGGUUGGAAAGAUCAUAUUUGUUGUAGUAUUAGGGUGCAUCACUUUUAUCACCUCCAAGUUAUCUUACAGGAGUCUAAGGUCACCUACAUUUGCCGUCAAUAAGCAUAUUGCUGAUACUGCUUCCCAUAGUGACAUCUCAGAUUUUUCUCAUGAUAGCAUUGGAGGAGGUGGUAUCGGUGACAGAAUGAAGAAGCUAUCAGCAACUGUCAAAACAAAAUUCUACACACUGCCACGUCAUAGUACAUCACAGAAUUCGGGGGUGACCACUGGCAGAAAGUCUUCUACAAGAGCGGUGUCUAGGAAGCAGAUGCCAGUUGACGAAGCUGAAGCUCUGGUUAGGCAAUGGCAAACUGUCAAAGCUGAAGCUUUGGGUCCCGAGCAUCAAAUCCAGAGCCUGUCUGAACUGCUUGCUGAGUCAAUGCUUGAUCAGUGGCAAGAAUUGGCUGAUGCAGCUCACUCCAAGUCCUGCUAUUGGAGAUUUCUUUUGCUAGACCUGUCCAUCUUGAAAGCUGAUGUUGUUUCUGAUGGAUUCGGGAUGGAGACUGCAGAAAUCGAAGCCCUUCUCGAGGAAGCAGCUGAGCUUGUUGACGAGUCUCAGCAGAAGAAGAACCCAAACUAUCACAGCAAGUAUAAGAUUCGCUAUGCAUUGAAGAGGCAAGACGAUGGAUCAUGGCGGUUCUGCAAAUGCGAGAUCCAAUCCCCAUCAUGAUGUCUCUGCAUCACAAAUCGGGAAAUGCAGCAAUUCAGGAACGAAUGUUCGAUCCCCCAGUCACCAAUUACGGUUCCUUCUUCAAUUAAGCGUGGAAAACUAUUAGAUUAGAUCAUCUCUAACUAGCUGUGGUUUAGAGUGUUAGCAUUCCGUAGUGAUGUUGGUUUUAUCGAUUUCGAUUCAUUGAUUUGAUUGACUUGCAUUCCACGCAUGCACUGGUUCUGAAUGUAAAUGCAAUGGUAGAUUGCUCUUAGAAAUAACACGUAGACAGUAAAUGCAUAUGCACAAAAUCAAUAUUAUCAAUCCAUCUGCAAACAUUACAUAUAUAUUGCCACUUUUUCAUCAACAUGUGAGAUUAUCCCCAGGAGCAACACCGAGCUGGCGGCAGUACUCGGUGUAAAACUCGGCACGGCGUUGCACGGUUGCGGAGUUCCUUCCGUCGCACUCCAGAGCGCCAUUAAUGGCCCUGGUGGUCGCCCCGAAUCCCUGACCCAUCACCUGCUGCACGUUGUUGGUCCAGAACCACAGCGCCGUCUUGAAUGAGAUUUCGGGAUCAGUCGCCACCGUUUCGGGGGCGUUGAGCCCGUCGAAUCCGAUCUGAGCUCCGGCAGGGCCGUAGUUGAAGUUCCAGGACAGCUGGAGCGGACCCCGGCCGUAGUAACCCUUGCUUGGAUUGCAAGGAAACUGUGUGUUAUCCUCCUCGCAGUAAUCCCUGGAUGCUCCAUCAAUCUCCUCUAUGUGACAGAAGUCUCCAGUUUCGUGUGUGGCGUGGGCGAAGAAGGCGGCGACUUCCCGCCGGGAGUCGUCCUCGGACCCGAGCCGGGCGAAGCCUUGGUACGACCGGAGGGCCCGGACGAAGACGUCGCGGGAGUAGAAGCUCUUCCCGGCGCAACCGGCGUCGGACUGGUCCAUGAUGCCGUUGAAGAAUGCAGGGGUGACGAUGUCGGCCACCUGGACUUCGUUUCUGCUGCAGGCCCCGCUCUGGCAGCCUGCCCCGCAGUGAUCCGGGCUGGUUCCGCAGAAGCCCCACCUGCUGCAGCACUCGUUGGAAGCGCAGCCGCAGUUCUGGGCGGCGGCGGCGGCGGCCAGAGCUCCGACGAGGAAAACAGAGAGGAGGAGUUUGGGGGUGAUGGUGGAUGGAGCCAUUGUUGGAUGAGUGGGUUUGAAUUUGAUUGGAUAGUUUGGGAUUGAGGAGGAUUCGUUUUAUAGAGGACGGAAGGUGGAGGUGACUGGGUCAGAUUGGAGCUGUGGGGUUGCUCUGGAUAGAAGACGGUGGUUCAUUGAGGCGCAUUAACUGACCAAGUGCGUGUGGAAAAAAGCGGAACAGAGACUUUGAGACUUGACUUGUUCAUCUCUAUAUGGUCGGAUUGUUUGAAGUUUUUUUUUUUUUUUUUU